AUGAUAACAAACACGAAAAAUUUGUUUGUUUUGUUUUCAGACGUCAUCGGCGUUGCUUCUUACGUGGUACUCCUAACGGAUUAUCAAAAUUACGCUGGAGUUUUUUCGUGUCAACAGUUAGCUUUUGCUCACAGAAGAUCGGCUACCAUAUUAUCGAGAACGCCAUUUUUAAAUCAUACUUAUUUAGAAACCAUACAUAAAAAAUUAGAAGAAUUUAACAUAAACCCUUUCGAUUUAAGUAUGAUAAAUCAUGAAAAAUGUUCAGAAGUUUCGUCUGAAACGACAAACAUAUCAAUGACCGAUUUACACGUACCAUUCAAUAAAGAAACGAUCAAAUUAAUAACGGAAAAUUCAGAUGAAUUUAAAAUGUAUAGAAAUGCAAAAGAUGAUGCCGAAUGGUUACCAUAA